GCAAUAGUCCACCAGGAGCGAAACCGGUAAGUCGUGUAUUUCCCAAAGUAACUAAAUCAAUCAAGAAAGAAUCCCAUUUCUUCUUAUUUGACUCUGCUACGUUAAGAAAGAGAAAAUCUCGAAAUGAUUAAAUCAAUCGCGUUUAUGGUCAUUUUAGGGGUUACUUUAGCUGUACCGGCUAACGACAACGUCCUUGAUAAGGCUACCGCUAAUGAUGUUUACGCAAACUCUGUGCAUCCGAACGAUUUUCCGAAGGUUGAAAACGAGGAAAAAAGGGAAACUCAAACCGUUGUAACCGAAACGGAAAAAAAUCCUCAUCCGGCAACCGCUUUUGGAAGAUUAAUCGAUGACAUAUUCAACAUUCCAAUAACUGUUUUGCAAUCGGUGGCGAAAUUGCUUCAAAAUCCGUUUAAAUCGGCCAAAUCUCCGGAGGAUUCCACAAAAUAUUAAAUAACCUUAAAAGAAAUAUAAUUAAUUACUUUUUUA